AUGAUGAGCGGCAUGGAGACAGCCGCUAGUGGCGGCGGCGGCGGCGGGAGCAGUAGCGCAGGGGCCGGGGUAAGCGGCGGGGAGCAGGUGACCAAGGAGAGGAAGGCCGGCGGCUCGCGUGGGAGGAAGGCCACCCGGCCGCGGUUCGCGUUCCAGACCAAGAGCGAGAACGACGUGCUCGACGACGGCUACCGGUGGAGGAAGUACGGCCAGAAGGCCGUCAAGAACAGCGCCUUCCCAAGGAGCUACUACCGGUGCACACACCACACGUGCAACGUGAAGAAGCAAGUACAGCGGCUGGCCAAGGACACGAGCAUCGUGGUGACCACGUACGAGGGCGUCCACAACCACCCCUGCGAGAAGCUCAUGGAGGCCCUCAGCCCCAUCCUCAGGCAGCUCCAGUUCCUCUCGCAGCUCUAACCUGUCAUUUAAUCGUCUGUGCGAAGAGCGUACAUCGUACACA